AUGGAUUCAAAGAAAGACAUAAUUCUAAAGAAAAUUGCAGAAAAUGAAGAAACAACAAUAUAAAAGCUUCCUCCUUAAAUAAGAUUAGCUAUUCCUUUAAAACAUAAAGUUUAAUGCGGUGGAGGCACAUUUGAAAUUUAUACACAUUAUGAAUUAUAGCGUAAUAUAGGAAAUGGAGCAUUUGGUUUUGUUUGUUCAGGAAAGGACAAAUUAAAUAAUAUAGAUGUUGCCAUAAAGAAGGUAUAAAUAUAAAUGAUAGAUAGAUUGCUAUGGUUUUUAGAGAUUUGCUUGAUGCAAAAAAAGUGUUAAGAGAAAUAAAACUAUUGAGUAUAAUUAAUAUUUAAAAAUAGAGUUUUUUGAUAAUCCAAACAUAGUGAAAUUAUUAGAUAUCAUUGUUCCUGAUGAAUAGGAAACAUUUAAGGAUUUAUAUUUAGUGUUUCAAUUAAUGCAUUUAGAUUUAGAGAAAGUUAUAUAAUCUCCUUAACCAUUAACAGAUAAGAAAAUCAAUUGGUGUAUGUAUUAAAUUAUAAGUGGAUUGUAUUAUAUGCAUUCAGCAAAUAUCAUACAUAGAGAUUUAAAACCCAAUAAUAUAUUUAUAAAUGCAAAUUGCCAUAUAAAAAUUGGUGAUUUGAAUUUAGCUAGAAAGUAAGAAGUAGAAAAUGCUUCAAUUCAAACUGAUUAUGUUGUUUAAAGAUGGUAUAGAGCACCUGAAGUUUUAUUAUCUUCAAGUGAAUAUACUAAAGCUAUAGAUAUAUGGUCUUUGGGUUGUAUAUUAGGUGAACUUUUGGGAAGAACUAUUUUGUUUAAAGGAAUGCAUCAUCAAGAAUAAAUUGAAAAAAUAGUUGCUGUUCUUGGUAAACCUAAAUAAUAAGAUUUACCAUAUGAAAUUGAUGAAUAAUCAACUGAAUUUUUAUAAUAAUUACCCGAAAGAGAAGCUAUAAAAUGGGCAGACUUCUUUCCUUUUGCUUCACCUUUAGCAUUAGAUUUAUUAGAACAUAUGUUAGUAAAUUAAUUUUGAAUUAUUUUAGGUUUAUAAUCCUAAUAAACGAUAUACUAUUCAAUAAUGCAUUGAACAUCCUUAUUUUAAGUAACAAUAUAUAGAUCAUCCACCCCAAAUCUGUAAAGAGUCCUUUGAUUGGUCUUUUGAUGACAUUGAACUUAAGGAACAAUCCUUAAGAAAAGCUUUGUAUCAAGAAGCCCUAGAAUUUAUAAAACCAAAAAAAUGA